UGUUUCCAUUGCAGGUCCAUGCAAGGCAGGAUCGCAGCGCAGGCUUUCAGCUUUGACCAGCCAUUCAAGCCCUAUCUGAAGGAUGACUUUGUUAUGGCCUUUUUUAAAGAUCAAAAUGUGAUCUCCAGUUUAAAGUUGCUCUCAGCUUCAGGACAAUGGACUACAUUGGGUUCCAACGUGAUAAAAGUUGAAGCUACAGUAGUGCCCUGUACACAGAUUUCAAUGUCAUUUUUUGAUCGUUUGUACACGGAAGGAGUUGUUAGAGAAACUGGACAUAUUGUGAAAUGCUAUGAUGACUAUUAUGAUGGUAUUAUCAUCUCUGAUGAGUUAAGGAAGGUCUUGCUUCUGGAAGAUUCAGACCAUUAUGACUUAUUCAGUCAGUCGGAUCGCCAGGAGUUUCUCUUUUGCCUUUUUAAGCAUCUUUGCCUUGGAGGAACUUACUGUCAGUUUGAGGAUAUGCUUGGCCCAUACUUAGAAACCACAAAAGCUUUAUAUAAGGACUUGGUAAGUGUUCAAAAGAAUCCAGAAACAAAAGAAAUAAGCAUUACUUCCACUGUCUUCAGGGUGUCUGCAUAUGACAUCGUAAAGCAUCUUCUCUUAGAAAAGAGUUUAUCCCAAAGACGUGCUCAGGCUUAA